AUGGAUGAAACUGCUUUGUCCCUUGGAACAAUAGAUGUUUCCUAUUUGUCCACCUCAGCAGACUGCAGCAUCAGUAGAUGUAAGCAUUCCAGUGAAGAGUGGGGAGAGUGCAACUCUCGUCCCACUCUGUUCCGAUCUGCCACUUUAAGAUGGAAGGAGGCUCUGCUGAGCAGGAAAAGGCCAUUUGUGGGACGAUGUUGCUAUGUAUGCACUCCCCAGAGCCGGGAUAACUUCUUCAAUUCUAGUAUUCCUUCCUUGGGUCUACGUAAUGUCAUAUACAUCAAUGAAACACAUACGAGGUACAGAGGGUGGCUUGCGAGACGCUUUUGUUAUGUCCUUUUUGUGCAAGAGAGGGAUGUUCAUAAGGGUAUGUUUGCCAAGAAUCUGACAGAAAAUGUGCUCAAUAGUAGCAGAGUCCAGAAGGCCAUUGUAGAUGAAGCUUCUGAACCAAGUACUCCAGGUAGCUUUGUUCAGACAGAUCCUAAAGCUAUCAACAAAGUGAAGAAAAAAGCUAGGAAAAUUCUCCAGGAAAUGGUGGCAAAUGUGUCACCUGCUUUAAUCAGGUUGACUGGCUGGGUGUUACUGAAGUUGUUUAACAGCUUCUUCUGGAAUAUCCAGAUCCACAGAGGUCAAAUAGAAAUGGUCAAAGCAGCAACAGAGAUGAAUUUGCCUCUUAUCUUUUUGCCUGUUCACAAAUCCCACAUUGACUACCUGCUUCUUACAUUCAUUCUUUUCUGCCAUAACAUCAAAGCACCCUACAUAGCUGCAGGGAACAAUCUCAACAUCCCCAUCUUCAGCACAUUGAUCCGCAAGCUGGGAGGAUUUUUCAUCCGUCGGAAGUUGGAUCAGAACCCCGACGGUCGUAAGGAUUUCCUGUACAGAGCUUUGCUCUACGUGCACAUAGAAGAAUUGUUGAGACAGCAGCAGUUUCUAGAAAUAUUCUUGGAAGGCACACGGUCUCGAAGUGGAAAAACAUCUGGAGCUCGAGCGGGUCUUCUGUCUGUGGUGGUGGAUGCUCUCUUCUCAAAUGCUACUCCCGAUGUCCUAAUUAUACCUGUGGGAAUCUCCUAUGAUCGCAUAAUUGAAGGUCACUAUAACAGUGAACAGCUGGGCAAGCCUAAGAAGAAUGAAAGUCUUUGGAGUAUAGCUAGAGGAGUCUUCAGAAUGCUGCGGAAGAAUUAUGGAUGUGUCAGAGUAGAUUUUGCACAACCAUUUUCCUUAAAAGAAUAUGUAAACAGCCAAAGCCAAAAACCUGUGCCUCCUCCUCUUUCUUUGGAACAAGCUUUGUUACCAGCUAUACUUCCAUCAAGAUCUAAUGAUACUGUGGAUGAAAGUGCAGAGGCCUCUCUGCCCAACUCCAGGGAUAUCACCAGUGAACCCUUCAGAAGAGAGCUGAUAUCCAACUUGGCUGAGCACAUUUUGUUCACUGCUGACAAGUCCUGUGCUGUGAUGUCUACCCACAUUGUUGCCUGUUUGUUGCUGUACAGACACAGGCAGGGAACUGAUCUUUCCAGACUGGUAGAAGAUUUCUUCUCCAUGAAGGAGGAGGUCCUAGCCCGUGACUUUGACUUGGGAUUUUCAGGAAACUCAGAUGAUGUUGUCAUGCAUGCUAUCCACUUGUUGGGGAACUGUGUAAAUAUCACAAACACAAGCAGAAACAAUGAGUUCUUCGUCACUCCCAGCAUCACAAUACCUGCUGUCUUUGAACUCAACUUCUACAGCAAUGGACUGCUUCAUGUAUUCAUUAAAGAGGCUGUUAUUGCCUGCAGUCUUCACGCGAUUCAGAGCAGGAGGUACAGAAAUGGUACCAGUGCUGCUUCUCCCAGUUUAAUCAGUCAAGAACACCUGGUCCGAAAAGCUGCCAGCUUGUGCUACUUGCUUUCUAAUGAAUUCACUGUAUCUUUGCCUUGCCAGGUGAUCUAUCAGGUUUGCCAUGAAUCUGUGGAAAGGCUGAUCCAGUAUGGCAUUCUCCUGGUGGCUGAGCAGGAUGAUCAGGAGGAUGUUAGCCCCAGUCUUACAGAACAGCAGUGGAAUAAAAAGCUUCCUGAGCCAAUAUCUUGGCGAAGUGAUGAGGAAGAUGAAGACAGUGACUUUGGAGAAGAGCAGAGAGAUUGCUACCUGAAGGUGAGCCAAUCUCAAGAGCACCAACAGUACAUCACUUUCCUGCAGAGGUUGCUGGGACCGUUACUGGAGGCAUACAGCUCUGCUGUGAUCUUUGUGCACAAUUUUAGUGGUCCUGUUUUAGAGUCUGAAUAUAUUCAGAAGCUACACAGGCACUUAAUAAGCAGGACAGAGAAGAAUGUUGCUGUGUAUGCUGAGAGUGCUACCUACAGUCACGUGAAAAAUGCGGUGAAAGUCUUCAAGGAAAUUGGAGUUUUCAAGCAGACUCAGCAAAGGAAAGAUGUCAUUUUGGAACUCGGCACUACGUUCCUACCUCAGCGCAACAGGCAGAAACUACUGGAAUUUGUCAUGAGCUUCAUGGUGUUAUAG